AUGGAGGGCGUGAAGGGACUCUUUCUUCUAGUCUCGCUGCUUUCUCCUUCUAUGUUCACGUGCGUGCUGUGCACACGGGGAUCGAACUCUGGACUCAAUCCCUUUUACCAGCUCGACAGCGAGCCUACUGUGGUGAAGGGACUUGAUCUGAAGAGAUAUGCGGGACGGUGGUACGAGAUCGCCUCCCUCCCGGUGCCCUACCUGCCCAAGGACGGCGAGGAUACGAGGGCCACGUACACUCCAAAGGACGAUGGGACCCUGGACUUGUUGAACGAAUCCUGGGUCAAUGGCAAGAGGAACUUCGUGAAGGGCAACGCCUACAAGGCCGACCCGAGCAGCGACGAGGCCAAGCUGAAAGUGAAAUUCUAUUUGCCUCCGUCUAAUCCCACCUUCACUGUGGUGGGUGACUACUGGGUCUUGUACCUUGACGCUGAUUAUCAUUAUGCUAUCGUUGGCGAGCCCAGCAGGACGUCUCUCUUUAUACUGAGCAGACAGAGUCAUAUAGAUGAUAAAAUCUAUAAUCAGCUGGUUCAAAAGGCUGUUGAUGAAGGAUAUGAUGUGAGCAAGCUCCGCAAGACUCCACAGAGCAAGACUCCACCGCCGCAAUAA